AUGUCUGAACUUGAUUUCGUUGGUAAAUUUUUGAGUUUGGCCGCUUUGAAUGAGCCAAAACUUGCAUCGAACUACCGCAAACCAUUACAUGAAGUUACAAACCUUGGUGUUUCGUUGCCCCCAUUGAGGUACAAAUAUGAUCCAAGUAAAUCACAUUCUAAGAGUAUCUCUAAAGUUGUAGAAGUUACCAUCAAAUCGAUCAAAGCGCCUAAAUUUGUUCAUUCCAAAAGCUUCGAAUCUACCGAUACCGUGGGUCAGAUCAAGGAAUUCUUAGUGGAAACCGAGCCUGAGAUAUAUACAACUGGUCAAAUCAAGUUGUUGUUAAAGGGUAAAGUCCUCCACGACACUCAAUUGGUCUCCGAUUUGAACCAGGAUAAAAUAUCCCUUGUCGCAAUGGUUUCCAAAGCAGAGAAACCUGUGGAAACAGCACCUUUGCCGAAACCAGCGCAGGAACCUGAACCUGAACUUGAGUUGAUGGAUGUCGAUAUGGAGGAUCCACAGUUGGAUCUUUCAUCUCAAACAGAUAUUGAUUUGCCUUGGGAUAAAAUUAGAACCGUUUUAGAGAGUAGCUUGGAUGCUAGCACGGCCUCAGUGGCCCUUGGAAGGCUACAGAAAGGUUGGGAGUUGAGUAAGUAA